AGCCCUGAAGAUCGAGGAGUGGUAAUUCAAAUUUUAGAGAGCACAUAUAGAUUUUCAUUGGGAUCAAUAGCCGGAGCUGUUGGAGCAACAGCUGUAUACCCAAUUGAUUUGGUGAAAACCAGAAUGCAAAAUCAAAGAACAGGCUCUUUCAUUGGUGAGCUGAUGUACAGAAAUAGUUUUGAUUGCUUUAAGAAAGUAAUAAGACAUGAAGGUGUCUUCGGACUGUACAGAGGGCUUGUUCCGCAACUGCUGGGUGUUGCUCCUGAAAAGGCUAUCAAAUUGACCAUGAAUGAUCUAGUUAGGGACAAAUUGAUGGAUAAAAACGGAAAUAUUCCCAUUUAUGGAGAGGUUAUAGCUGGUUGUUGUGCUGGAGGUUCUCAAGUAAUUUUCACGAAUCCUCUAGAAAUAGUUAAAAUUCGUUUGCAAGUGGCUGGAGAAAUAGCGGGAGGUGCGAAAGUAAGAGCGUGGAAUGUGGUCAAAGAUUUAGGCUUUUUGGGCCUUUACAAAGGAUCCCGAGCUUGUUUUCUUCGAGACAUACCUUUCAGCGGUAUAUAUUUUCCAGUGUAUGCACAUACGAAAGCUAAAUUUGCCGAUGAGAAUGGAUAUAAUAGUCCGAUUACCUUGCUGGGUGCUGGUAUAGUAGCUGGUAUCCCUGCAGCCGCCCUUUGUACACCUGCCGAUGUAAUCAAAACUAGGUUACAAGUUGUUGCAAGAGCGGGGCAGACAACUUAUAGCGGAUUGCUAGAUGCAGCUAGAAAAAUUUAUAUGGAGGAGGGUUUCAGCGCCUUAUGGAAAGGAACAACAGCUCGUGUAUUGAGAUCCUCCCCUCAAUUUGGUGUAACGUUAGUAACAUAUGAACUGUUACAAAGAUACUUAUACGUCGAUUUUGGUGGAACGCGACCGACAGGAUCUGAAUUGAAGCAAGUGUCAACGAUGGGUGAUGUGAAGCCCCAAAACGCAGAUCACAUAGGUGGUUAUUCGGUAUCACUGCCAAUUUUCUCAGGCAUCGAAACCAAAUUUGGAUUAUGUUUACCAAAGUACAGUGUGCAGCAAAAAUCCUAAGUUUACGAUGUCUUUGUUAGUCUCUAGCUAGGUGUCCGAUCAAUUUUUGGCUAAUGAUUCGUUAAAUUUUCAUAGAUUUAUUAUAUUGUAAAUACGGAUAGGAUAAGAGAUUAUUUUAAAUACUGAAGAGAUGUCUGACAUUAUUUUUGAGUGUGCCCAGGAACUGUGAUAUCCUGUUUUUAUUAUGCAUUUGUGUGAACUCUGUUUACUUUUUAAUUUUCAAUAUCUGAGAUAUUAAAAUUUUUACCUCAAAACGUCAUUCAACGCUUUUCGAAACACGGCAGUGUCAUCUUAUUCUAUUGAAUAAAUUAUACAAAAUAU